AUGUCUACGGAAGCACACCGCCCAAUUUUCCCAUUCGCCCGCGCGGCAGGCGCUGAACCGCCGGCCGAACUUGCCAAACUCCGUGCCUCCAACCCUGUCUCUCGGGUUGAGCUUUGGGAUGGCAGUCAUCCAUGGCUGGUGACAAAGCAUAAUGAUGUUUGCAGUGUACUGACCGAUACGCGACUGUCGAAGCAACGCCAACGCGAGGGCUUCCCUGAGAUGAGUGCUGGUGGUAAGGCAGCAGCGAAGAACAGACCUACCUUUGUCGACAUGGACCCUCCUGAUCAUAUGCGGCAGAGAAAUAUGGUUGCUCAAGCCUUCGCCAAGGAGCACAUCGAGAGCAAGCGGCCCGAGAUCCAGGCGACUGUUAACCGUUGCCUCGAUGAAAUGAUUAAGGGCGGAUGUAAGGAGCCCGUGGAUCUCGUCGAAAAGUUUGCACUGCCGGUACCCUCAGAGAGCAUCUAUAGCAUUCUGGGAGUGCCUUUUGAGGAUGUCGAAUACCUCAAUAGUAUGAACGCUGUCCGAACGAAUGGAAGCUCGACAGCCGCAGCUGCUGCCAAUGCGAAUAAUGAUCUGCUGGAAUAUCUGGGAAAGCUUGUGGACAGAAGAACCGAGAAACCUGAAAAUGACCUGAUCAGUAAGCUCGUCGUUGAACAGCUCAAACCGACCAACAUCGACAGGCUUGAUGCUGUUCAGAUCUCCUUCCUCUUGCUCGUAGCCGGCAAUGCUACUAUGGUAAACAUGAUUGCCUUGGGUGUCGUUACACUGCUUGAGCAUCCAAGCCAGCUAGAGGACCUAAUUCGCGACCCAUCUCUAUCGAAGCCGUUCGUUGAAGAACUCUGUCGCUACCACACGGCCUCAGCUCUUGCCACCCGUCGCGUCGCAAAGGAGGAUAUCACCCUACGAGGCCAGGUAAUGAAAGCUGGCGAGGGAAUCAUCGCUUCCAAUCAAGCCUGCAACCGAGACGAGGAAGUCUUUCCCGAUCCUGACAAAUUCGACCUGCAUCGGAAACGAGGAUCCGAAGAGGCACUCGGAUACGGCUGGGGUGAGCACCGCUGCAUUGCGGAAUGGCUCGCACGCGCCGAACUUGAGACCGUCUUUUGUGAGUACAGUCUGCUUCUGUUCCUGACGAGACAUGGACUGCGCGCUAAACGUGUCCGUUGCAGCGACUUUGUUCAAGAAACUCCCAAAUCUUAA